AUGGGCGAACAACUUCACAACUACGCAGACUGGGUGCGCCAGCGCAACGCGCGCCAACACGAAGCGCCGCAGCCCUUCGACAACAAACUUCACACCUACACCUACCUGCCCAACGCGAACGUCGGCGCCGUCCCUUUCGCAGCCGCAGCGCCGGAUCCCCAAACUUACGCCGCAUGUUACCCCGAACACAUCUGGCCUCAAGCAUAUCAAUAUCAAAACUAUGCGCAGGCCUGGGCUUACCCACAGUACAACCAGGGCUACCACUUCGCGCCGCAAGCCAACCUCCAACCUCAAGCCGCCGCCGGCGGUCCAUUCUACUACCUCCCGCAAGGUGCCGUCGCGCAAGCCGCACCAGCAGCUCAGAACCGCGGCGCAUACGGCUAUCACCACCUCUGGUACGGCCGCACCAAGGCCGAGGUCGACGCGGACAACCUUCGCAUGGCAAGGGACGAAGGUGUCAACAACGUGAACGAUCUUGCGCCGCACAACCCGAGAGACGACCAGCAGUUCUGGGUGCAGGAGCUGGAUGGCCAGUUUUCGCUGAGGACGUACUACACCAUUGAGAACGAUCUGAGGCCGGGUCGCUGGCAAAUCAACCCGCAGCAUGGCAACCUGUUCUACGUCCGUUCUGCGGCGAACUAG